GCAGGGUGGCGUCGAAGAGGUGCGCGGCGUCAAAUGGAGCAAGAAUCUCCAGGAGUUUGUUGCGUCGGCGAAAGGGGGUCCACCGCUGGAUGGAGAGAGCUGCCUAAUAGAGGAAGCUGUGCGCCCUCUUGUCCAUCCCAUACACGUGACGAACUAUGUGGGAACCGUACGUGUCGCCACUAUGACUAUUCGACAAGUGCAACAAUUCUUCAGUCGUGAUGUCUUCCGAGAGGAUUGCAUUCCGUUGAACGCGAGCGAACGGAGUGACUUCUACAAGCUCCUUUGCAAAGGCAUCGAGUGGAACGCAACGGAUACCGUCGCUUUAGCGGCGAAUCAACCCGCUCUCGAACUGUUUCUCCAGUGCUAUCAUACAUUUCUUCGUGCACUUGCUCGCACCCACGCUGGUCUUGCAGCGGAAGAGUACAUACGCCUGGGAAACAUGUUUCUCAUCGUGGGAAAGUUUCCUAGUGCCAGAGCGUGUGCCCAAUGCCAUUUGAGGUUGUCGCCACCGUCCAGCCACGAGGAAGUGCCAGCAAAGCGCAUCAUCCUUCUAGCGCGACAAUGCGAACAGCUCCUCCAAGCCAGCGUGAAACGCAUCGAAGCGACUUCAAACACCCCACCAACAGUCGUGGCACGUUUGGUGGCGGAACUAGACCACGUGCGGUCCAUCGCCCCGUUAUCUCGCGAAGCACUGCAUGUCCAAACUGGAAUCCUUGUCGCUUCGGCGUCCUACUCGGUCCUCAUUGAAAAGCUGUCGGCGCUGCCACCUCCACUUCUCGUCGAUGCACACGUGUGCAUGGCGUUGGCUCGGGCGUACGAUUACACAGGGUUUACCGUUCAAGCCAUGGACGUGCUUCGGAAAAUGGCCAAGCAGUCGCCUGUCGUCGCGAAGGAGUUGCAGCGUCUGCAGAAUAUGGUCGACAAGCGGAAACUAGCCACCAAGAUGGCCGAAGGUGGCCACUUUGUCCAAGCGAUUGACGCGCUCACACUGUGCUUGACACUGGACGUCAAUCACCACCAGUACAACGCCAACGUGCUGUACGAUCGCGCUGGCGCGUUGUUGGCCGCAGGAAAGGAGAAGGAAUCGAUUCGUGACCUCGAGCAAUGCCUUGAACUCAAUCGAUCGCACGCCCUGGCGCCCGCGAGGCUCCGUGCAGCGCAAGUUCAAGCGGAGACCUCGCGUAUGCACAACCAAAUCUACAAGGAACAACGAGCCCAUGACAAGCAUGUCAAGAAAAGCUCUCUCCCUAGCGUGUUUUUCAAGAUGGGGUCCUGUCCAAACCUGGCGCCGCGCGACCAAGUCAAAGCCAUGCAUGACCGCGCCAAGGGCACGGAUGAACGGACGACAUUUCAUCAAAUUCCACCCAAGUUUGAUGUGCCCGAUGUGGCACCACUUGUGGAUUUGUACACAAUCCUCGGGGUACACGCCACCGCGACUGGGGACGAGAUUCGCAAGGCUUACCACCGCCUGGCCCUUCAAUUGCAUCCGGACAAAUGCCAAGAUGCGGAUGCGGCCGACCAAUUCAAAGGCAUCGCGAUGGCGUACUCGAUUCUGAGCGACGCGACGAGCCGAGCGCAGUUCGACACGGUGUACAAUUCUUCGUUAUAUUCCACUUGAAUGCUAGCUGUCGUCAUCAUCGCUGGACGAAUCAUGGUCAAGCCAUUGCUGUAAGUUGCCGCACAUGAUCUUGGCGAUGCGCUCGGUCUCCGAGUCGAACAAGGCGCGAGCCGUCGGCUUGGGUUGAUCGCCGUCCAUUCGAUUCGUGAAGCGGAAGGCAUGUGGAAGACGGAUACAAGGC